GGGCCGUAGUUUUGGAGACCCCUGAUGUCAACAAUGUAAACUUUGCUCAGGUUGUCCCUGAUGGAAUGUUGGUGUUUUUUCCAACCUAUACCUCGCUUGAGGUCGCUGUUCAAAACUGGAAGACCAAAAGUAAUUGGCCGAGACUUAAGCAACGUAAACCUAUAUUCAUCGAACCUCGAAGGAAUGUUGAGUUUGCGGAGACUAUGGAUGGCUUUUAUGAAAAAGUGAAAAGCACCGAGUUUAAAGGAGCGAUGUUUUUGGCUUUAUGUAGAGGAAAGAUCAUACAGAAGAAAAGUUAAAGGAAAAGACUGAGGAUGAAGCCAGUAAAGGAGAUGACAAAGAAUCCGAUAGCAAUGUGCUGGAAAGUAACGAUGAAAGCUCUGUAAAGAAAACAUUGUAAAAAAUGUUUCUCACGUGGAAUAUUAAAGUCAGAAAAUAAUA